UCCCCAUUUUUCCUUGUUUCGCUUCUCUUAUUGUUUUCUUGUCUUAGCAUUUUUGCUUCACAGAACGCAACUCAAAACAAAAGUGAUGAAUCUAUACUUUUUGCCUUAAAAUCCCACAUCACUUCGGAUCCUUCCAAUAUUUUGAAAAAUAAUUGGACAAGUGGAACCUCGUUUUGCACAUGGAUAGGAGUUACUUGUGAUUCACUUCGUAGUAGGGUGACUAAAUUAGAUAUCUCUGUUAUGGAACUCGAAGGAAGCAUUCCACAGGAAAUUGGAAAUCUUUCUUCUCUUGUUUUUCUAGAUUUGAGUUGGAACUCUUUUCAUGGUACAAUACCAUCCACCGUUGGGAAUCUAUCAAAUCUUCAGGUCCUAUACCUCUCGUCCAACAAAUUAAAUGGUACAAUACCAUCCACCAUUGGGAAUCUAUCAAAUCUGCAGUUACUAUAUCUCUCUUCCAAUGAAUUAAAUGGUCCAAUACCAUCCACCAUUGGGAAUCUAUCCAAUUUGCGAGUGCUAUAUCUCUCUUCCAACAAACUAAAUGGCCCAAUACCAUCCACCAUUGGCAAUCUAUCAAAUUUGGAGUUUUUAUUGCUCUCUUCCAACAAAUUAAAUGGUCCAAUACCAUCCAUCGUAGGGAAUCUAUCACAUCUGCAGAAUUUACAGCUCUUUUCCAACAAAUUAAAUGGUACAAUACCAUCCAACAUUGGGAAUUUACCAGAUUUAUAUGUAUUAGAACUCUCUUCCAACAAAUUAAAUGGUGAGCUUCCAUUCUCCAUCUGCAACUUGACAUCCCUUGAGGUUCUUCUACUCUCAAAUAACAGUUUGGAAGGGAAAGUUCCACAAUGCUUUCGAAACUUGAGCAAAUCUUUGCUCAUAUUUCAUUUAAAUGCAAAUUCCUUUAGUGGCCCCAUUCCAUCAAUAUUUAUCAAAGGGUGUAGUCUUCAGUCCAUCAAUUUGAGUGGAAAUAAAUUGCAAGGAAGAUUACCUAAAUCCUUAAUCAAUUGCAAAAGUCUAAAGGGUCUCGAUGUUGGAAAUAAUAGAAUACAAGAUGAAUUUCCGUUUUGGAUGGAAGCUCUUCCUGAGUUUCGAGUGCUCGUCUUGAAGUCUAACAAGUUUGAUGGUAACAUGUCACUGGCUUCACGAAGCAACCUUCAAUUUCCGAAGUUGCAAGUUUUAGAUAUAUCGAGGAAUGCAUUUGUGGGCUCUCUACCUCAAAGAUAUUUCAAGAGUUUUAGAGCAAUGAUGGAUGUGAAGGAAAAUCAAACAGAAAGGGACAUUAAUACUGAUGAAUAUUUCUUUCAAAGGCAUAUGGAGAUGAGAAUUACCUUGAAAGGUUUGGAUCAGUUAUUGAAGAGAUUGUUGGAAGACUUUACAAUCAUUGACUUAUCCUCUAAUAAAUUCUCUGGGACUAUUCCACGUUUCAUAGGUAAUCUUAAUUCUUUGAGAUACUUGAAUUUGUCGCACAAUAAUCUCAUGGGACACAUACCUGCAUCUCUUGGAAAUAUAAGUGUGCUUGAAUCAUUGGACUUGUCAUCGAACAAAUUGGAGGGAGGAAUUCCAAGUGAAUUGACAAGCUUGACAUUUCUUGCGAAAUUAAACCUUUCAAUGAAUGAUCUCGUGGGGCAAAUACCACAAUCUACUCAGUUUUCCACAUUUGAGAAUGAUUCAUACGUGGGAAACUUGAGAUUGUGUGGAGUUCCGUUGACGAGAAAAUGCAACGAGGAGAAUGGGCAGCGGAUGCAGCCAGAAGAAGAAGAAGAAGAAGAGUAUGGAUUUAUAGAUGGAUUUGGAUGGAGAAGUGUGGUGAUGGGAUAUGGAAGUGGAUUCAUAGUUGGAAUUGGAAUUGGUUGUUGGAUUAUUUGAUUUGGAAGGCCAAGAUGGUUGGUGGAAUUCUUUUUUGGCGUUGGAUAUACAUACAACAAGAACAAGAAGAAGAAGAAGAAGAGAAGGAAGAGAGCUACUCCAACACACAGGAGAAGUUGAUUCAAGACAAGCAUAUAUCAUGAGCUUUUCUUUCUUGCUUUUUUAUUCUUUACCGGACUUUAGAUUGUUGUUUUUUUAUUGCUACUUGUGAGUUUGUGCUUUUGAGUUUAUAAAAUUUCAUGCUGCUACGUGA